AUGAACAAGACAAACAAAGGACCUCCCUCAGCGCCGCAGAAUCUGGUCUACAACAUCAACCAGACCACGGUGAGCCUGGAGUGGGGCCCGCCGGCGGACACGGGAGGCCGCAACGACGUCACGUACCGGGUGUUGUGCCGGCGCUGCAGCUGGGAGCCCGAGGAGUGCGUGCCCUGUGGACCCGGCGUGACCUACUCCCCCGCUCAGUCCGGCCUGGUGGACACGUACGUUAGCGCCACGGACCUGCUAGCUCACGCCAACUACACUCUGGAGGUGGAGGCGGUCAACGGCGUGUCCGACCUGAGCCGCACGCAGAGGCUGUUCGCCGCCGUUAGCGUCUCCACGGGACAAGCAGUUAAGCGGAUCCGUCCUUGUAGCCUGGGUUUAGCGUUACCUGGCUCCCCCUCCCCUCCCACCGCCUCCGCCUGCUCCCAACGAGACCUGGGCCUCGCUGGGACCUCCAACGGCUCUGACGGUGCCGACCCAAGAGCACUUAACCUGUAG